CGAGGAGGAGGCGAUGCUUCCUCGUGCUGACCGGCCCCCCCCGCCGCACAACUUGAAGGAAGCCCGCGCUGCUCCCGUUAACGCUUUCUUCUCUUUCCUGCUGGCGCGGCCCACACGGCGCGCAUGACCCGCGCCGGCACAAGGCGUCGGCCGCCACGCGACUCGCCACGGCAAACCGAGACGACCGCGGAUAAGAUCGGCGCCCAGUCGCUCGCCUGGUUCCGAGGACGCGGACUUCGCGGGCCGACUCUGCCGAGACACCCGCGAAGAAACGGUCGCCUCGUUCGUGGAGUGCACGUGAGUAUACGUUAUCGUGUGCGGAGGCAACGGACUACUCGACACGCAACGUGGCGGACGCAGUGAAACGACGACGUCUGCAGUGCUUCGGAUGCGUGUUUUGCGACUCAAGUCUUGCCGAGGGCUUUGGGACUUGUGGACGAGAAACUUCGUCGGGAAGCGCUCACGUGGUUUUUGACGGCGGACACGGUCUGCUUGGCAGGAUCGUCAGGCGCGAAGGCACCGGACAAGGCGCGACGACUUGUGCCCUUGGAAGCACAGCGUUCGUCGCUGCUUCCGGCAACCUCUACCGGACAAUUAACGCGCUGUGGCGGGGGUCCAUUGUACUUCGCAUCCGUGGCGACGUGACACGGCCUACUUGAAAGCCUCAAAACUCGCCUUCAGAGGGCUCAAGGGGACCGGAGGGCUGUAACGUGUAGCGGAAAUUUAUUUGUGCGGUGCGCUGGAAUCGGGCUCGAGUGGAUGAUUUUUGCGCGUGAUCUCGAUGUGGUGACGCGACGGGCUUGCCCUUAUUGACGAGACAGAUUCUGUGACUAGUCGCCGAUGCUCCAGCAACUGCGUGCCUGUCCUGAGCUGAAUCGGCAGAACAGGUGAGAUGGCCGAAGAGGUCACCGCGACAGCUUCGCCGCCGGAACCGGCGAAGAUGACCGUCGACGUGGUGGGUCCGGCCUUGGGCUGCGCCUGGCGUGCCUGGCUGGGAGGACUGAUGCGGCGCCUGGUGGACGUGCUGGUGGACGCGACCUGCGGCGCCGUGCACGCGUGUCGCCGUGAACCGGGUCGCGGCGCGCUGCCUCCCGUCACCGAGCCGCUGCUCUUGAAGCCCGCCUCAGAACUGGCGCGCCUUAUCGCCACCGGGAAGGUGAGCAGCGAGGCAGUCGUCGGUGCCUUCUGUGCACGCAUUGGAGCGAUCGAGCCCCAGCUGGGUGCCGUGGUCGACGAGCGCAUGAGCGAGGCCCUGGACGAGGCACGCCGUGUGGACAAGUUGGUGCGGGACAGCGUCGCCCAGCGCGGCAGCAAAGGAUCCGAGGCCCUGCUGGCCAGCAAGCCGCUACUGGGCGUGCCUUUCACCGCCAAGGACCUGCUGGCCGUCAAAGGGCUUGCGUUCGACGCCGGACUGUGCAGCCGCCGGGGGACGCUGGCCGAGUGUGACGCGGACGCCGUGGCGGCGCUGCGCACGGCUGGCGCCAUCCCCCUGGCGGUGACGAACGUCUCCGAGAUGGCCAUGUGGUGGGAGUCCAACAACAGGCUGUACGGCAGGACGCGCAAUCCCUACGACCUGCGCAGGACACCGGGAGGAUCCAGCGGGGGCGAGGGCAGCCUGGUGUCAGCGGCGGGCUCGGCCCUCGGUCUGGGCACCGACAUCGGCGGCUCCAUCCGCAUGCCGGCCUUCUUCAAUGGCCUGUUCGGCCACAAGGCAUCACCGGGCCUGAUGGGGCUCGGGGGCCAGUUCCCUCAGGUUCGCGGCCACCAACUGGCCUUCCUGUCGGCUGGGCCGCUCUGCCGCUACGCCCAGGACCUGGCGCCCACGCUGACUGUGCUCGUCGGAUCACAGCAGGCGCGUCACAGGCUAAGGCUACACGAACCGGUUAACAUCCGGGGUAUUCGCGUUCACUACCUGACAGAAAUCGACAGGUGCUUCACGUUGUCUGCUGUACACCCAGACGUAAAGGCGGCAGUGACAGACGUGGCAUCUCACCUGCGGGACAGCGUGGGCCUACGGGUGUCUCCCGUGCGGCUUCCCUCACUGCGGCUCGCUUUCGAGAUGUGGGCCGCCAUGAUGGCUUCUGGCGACGCGCCCACCUUUCGGCAGGUACUGCGCGAGAGCGGCAGCCCCAUGUCGCCGGGCCUGGAGUUACUGCGCUGGUUGGUCGGCCAGUCAGAGCACACCAUUAACGCCAUCACGCUCGCGCUCGCCGAAGGCAUCGGCCCGGUCGCCAAGAAGGACUCGGCGACGGCGCGCUCCCUCUGCGCUAGGGUCCAGCAGCUACGAGUUGACCUGGAGUCUCUGCUGGGAAACGACGGCGUCCUGCUGCUUCCGACGCACCCGGAACCCGCGCCGUAUCACGGCGUGCCCACGCUGAGGGCUUUCAACUUCGCGUACGCGGGUGUGUUUAACGUCUUGGGUCUUCCAGCUACGGCGUGUCCCGUGGGCCUGGGCGCCCGAUCCCGUCUGCCCGUCGGUGUGCAGCUGGUGGCGGCCAGUGACAACGACCGGCUGACACUCGCGCUGGCGCUCGAGAUCGAGAAGGCGUUUGGAGGCUGGAGGGACCCUGCAGCCGCCGCGACGGGAGCCCGAGCAAAUGGUCAUGUUCGUCAUGUGUGAAUAAAAGUAUAAUA